AGCCGUGGGGGCAGGAGCCGGCUAUAUAAGCGGCGAGCCGGGCCGCCGCGGGGCAGACGGCGACAGCAGCGGCGGCGAGCGCGUCGGAGCGCAGCGGAGCAGCGCCCACGUAGCCCCGCGCCCCUCGACGUGUCCGCCUGCCCUCCCGAGGAGCGCCGACCCGGGCCCGCGAGGGCCGCCGCCACCCCGCAGCAGAUUUGGAUCCCCCGCCCGGCGAGCCCCAGGCUGCUGCCUCCCGGGGGGCCCCGGCGCAGCGGCCGCCCCCGGAGAGCCCCGCCGCCCCGCCGCCCGGCCCCGAAGACGCCGGCAGCGCCAUGGCGGCCGCCAAGCCCGGCGAGCUGAUGGGCAUCUGCUCCAGCUACCAGGCAGUGAUGCCGCACUUCGUGUGCCUGGCCGACGAGUUCCCACAGCCCGUGCGGCCCGCCAAGCUGUCCAAGGGCAAGGGCCGGCUGCGGCGGCCGCGCCAGUCCCGCUUCAAGACGCAGCCGGUGACCUUCGACGAGAUCCAGGAGGUGGAGGAGGAGGGCGUGUCCCCCAUGGAGGAAGAGAAGGCCAAGAAGUCGUUCCUGCAGAGCCUGGAGUGCCUGCGCCGCAGCACGCAGAGCCUGUCGCUGCAGAGGGAGCAGCUCGGCAGCUGCAAACUGAGGAACAGCCUGGACUCCAGCGACUCCGACUCGGCCCAGUGAGGGGCGCCGCCCGCAGCCGGGACUCGCGCGCCUCGGCGGCCCGCCGGGGACAGGUGUGCGAACCCCUAGGGGCCCCGCCCCCCCGGGGUCCCCCCGAGAACCGGGGACCGCCGCCCCUCGAGCGCUUGCACCCUCGCCCGGCUGCGAACUGGUCGGGGCGCCCCGAGCUGCGCUCGCCCUGGGCGGGAGCGCGUGCCGGGGCGCCAGGGAGGGGGCCCGCUUUCUCUGCCCUUGUAAAUGUUUAUUUUUUAACUCUUCCCAGUACGAACUCUGCUGUGAGUGUGUGCGGGGAGGCGCACCCUCGCUGAGUCGCCCCGGGUCACCAGGGCUUCCCGGAGAGCCGCUCCACGCCCUUGUCCGAUGGUUUGCAACUCCGAUUUUGCACACGGCUCCACCGUGCCCCCCAGCGCACACCCGUUCACACUCACGCCCACACACUCUCGCUGAACACUUUUAUAAUUGUUAGGCGCGGCCGAUGGGACUUGGGGCGCAGCGCAGCUGCUGCUGUGGCCGGAGGAUUGAUAUUUAUUUUUGCAUUGCGAUGGCUAACGGCGUUUAUUUAACGAUCUUUUUACCUGGAUAUGUCUGUGAGACUCCCGAACGGAGACAAAUAAAGUCAAUAUAUUUGCACAGUGCAUUUCUCAA